GCGGCGGCGCGCAGACUGGGAGCGCGGCGGAGAUGCCUGGCCGGACCGAGGCAGACAUACCCGAAACAGGGGCCAUCUUCACAUGUGGGAAGAGCAGCUUUGCUGACGACGUCCCCAGUCAGUUCUGGUUGAAAAGUGACCGUCUAGUGGAGACAUGCUGCGGCGCAGAGCACAGUGCUGUGCUCACAGAAAAUGGGAGGUUGCUCAUGUUUGGUGGUAAUACUGGUGGCCAACUGGGACUGAAGAUAAAACCAGAUGCCAAGAAACCCACCUCUGUGAAAGCACUGAAGUCUGAAAAGGUGAAGCUUGUGGCCUGUGGGAGAGAUCACACACUGGUCUGCACAUUUCAGCACUGCAUCUGCGGGGCUGGCAGGAACCAGAAGGGACAGCUCGGCUUGGGCCACAAGAAGAACACUAAAUCCUUUCAGCUGCUGCGUCCGUUUUGUGAGUCGGUCAAAAUGCUCGCUGCUGGCAGCAGCACUUCAGCUGCCUUAACAGAGGAAGGGAGGCUGUUCAUGUGGGGAGACAACUCCGUGGGUCAAAUCGGUUUAGGGGGCAAGGCGUUUGCAGCAGAACCCAGAGAGCUGAAUGUGGGGCAGGCAGUGAUGUGGGUAUCUUGUGGACAUCGCCACUCAGCGUUUGUGACAGCACACGGUGGACUUUACACCUUUGGUGAAAGCGCUAAUGGACGACUCGGGCUCCAGGUGGGGCAGCUGGCUAAUCACAGAGUCCCUCAGCAAGUGCACGGCAUCAUGGGAAGUGUCAUUCAGGUGUGCUGUGGAAGGGAGCACACUGUGGUACUAACAGAGGAGGACGUGUACACGUUUGGCAGAGGCCAGUACGGUCAGCUGGGCCACGGGACGUUUGAGUUCGAACUUCAUUUGCCAAAACCGCUGGAGCGCUUCCACAACAGCAGCGCCAGACGCAUCGCCUGCGGAGAAAACCACACUGCUGUGAUUACGAAUGCUGGACUGCUCUACACAUUUGGUGAUGGCCGUUAUGGGAAACUGGGCUUACAGCAGGAGAACUUCAUCAACCAGUUCAGCCCAACCCUGUGCACCCGUUUCCUGAAGUACAGCGUGCAGUCAGUGUCCUGUGGUGGUCACCACACUCUGGUUCUGGUUGUCCCCAGGCCAGCAGCACAGAGUCAGGGUGUUGAGUCACAAAAGGAUGCUGCAAUUACAGACUUCUUCUGGGAAUCGGACGACCCUGAAAACCUCUUCAAAGGCUCUCCGAUGGGCCCAGCUCCAGUCGUGCCUCUCUCAGCGCUAGCCGCUCGGGCUCGCCACAGAAAAAAAAAAAGCUUUGUGGAGCUGUUUGGAGAGUUGCCUCAGACCCAACCUCGUCCUAAUUCUGGCUUCCUCAGCACCUCCUGGCAGACGUCCAGAAAUAUCCCAAACCUGAAGCAGCUUCCAAAGGAUGCUCCCUCCCCCACCUCCUCCCCCAAAGCGACACCAGCAAGCCCGCUUUUAUCCCCUAGAUCUCAGUCCGUAUCCUCCAAGCCGUCAAGCCCACGUACACAAUCAUCUCUCUCAUGUCGGAGUAAAGCCUCCGCUGCCGCCUCCUCCAGGUCCAAAUCCAAAAGGCUGCCUUCUUCUGUAUCUUCAUCUACGUCUAGAGCUAAUCAUAACUCAAGAACUCCUGCCUGUUCUGAAGAGGCUGUGAGGAGCGCAGCAUGCAGAGGCUUAAAUUACAAUCCGUCUGACGCUUUCCCACCUAACAAACCCUGCAGCCCUAACAGACCCGUCAUCCGUGUUUCUGAUAAUAACCUGGACCAGCAAGGAUCACAAACAGAGGGAGAAGCUCGAAGGGGACAGCUAAUCUCUCAAGAAGUGGAAGAUGAGAGAAACCAUGUGGAUUUUUUGCCAUAUAUGGAAACCAGAACCGGGAGAGUUCAAAUUGCCAAAGAGCUGGAGGUUCAUGGAGACCAGAAGAGUGGCCAAAGCUCGCCCAAACACCUCAAAGCAGAGGCUCUGACAGGCUCCAACUCCAGAAAGGAAGAAGAGUCGUCACUGAAAAGCAGGAAGAAAAAAACACAAGUCACAUCUCAAGACCGUCAGAACAUUAACAACAGCAAAACAAAACCUCCAGAAGCAAAAGAUGGCCAAAGCAAGCUCUAUACGAUAAAAUCGACAAAACAUGACAAGAAGAGUGCAACAACACAACAACCUGUGCCGAUAACAAUGACCAAAGUAAGUAAAAAACGUGAAAAAGAUCAGCUGACAGAGCACUCUUUUAAGAAAGAGCUAAACAUGACUCCAAAAGGAACGAACAUAUCAUCUUCUUCAAACAAGAUCAGCUCCACUCUAAAGGUUAAGGAAAUAACCACUGAAAACAUCUCAAAGGAUGAUGCUGUGAUCCAGAAUAAAAGCGCUGAUCUAAAAUCCGCUGAAGUGAAGAAGCAGCAGGACAAAAAGCGACUCAAGUCCACUCCAACAAAGAAAAAGGUUGAACGCACAUUGAGAAAUAUUCAGAACACAGCAGUGCCUUUAAAAUCACAAAAACUUGAAGCUGCAGAAAUGACUAAGUCUCUUCAGGCUGAGGGUUUUAGUGUGAAAUCGACACCUGUGAAGGUGAUUAAACCCAAACCAGACAAAAAUCAGAGUAAGCCUGCAGAAAAACCUUCUGCUGAAGGUAAAAGCAUUAAAAAAGGUGACAAGGAUGCGUUAAUAUAUGCAAAAAACACAAGAGGUGAAACUGAAGGCAGAACGUCAGAAAAACAGAAUUUACUUGAAAAGAAGAAAAAGAAGGAAGAAGAACCUAAAGUUAAACAGAGAAAAAGAGGGAAGGAAGACUGUGCUGAUGUGGACUCGGAUCGUCACAGCAAAGCCAAACCCAGGAUUAAAACAACCGAGGCUCCCAGCCAGAUCUCUUCACAUCAUGAAGAUGCUUCUGAAGUCUCGAGCAAUGCAGUUUCCUCACAAAGCCCCACAAGAACCAGGGCGCUUUCCGGCAGCAAAGCUAAAUCUUUGCAAUCCACGGAGACACUUGCGCCUGAAACUCAAAGGAAAGAGAAUGAAGACCUGCAGGAAGGAAAACAGACGUGGGGAGAGAUUCUGAGCGACGCAGCGUUUCUUCUACCUGCUGCGGGGGUCGCAGGCGCAGCCGUCGGCCUCCUGAGCGAGGCCGUGACUCGUGUGGAGGCUUUCCGGGCCGACAGCGACGGAGCUGCCUCUCCAGUACCUGAAACACCGAAAGUCAGACAGUUCACAAAGCAGAGUGCAACUAUGCACCCGUCCUUCUCUGAUUCAGAGGAAAGGGAGGACAGCACACAGAAGGAUGCUCAAAUGAGCAUCUUAUCAGAUUUAGGAAACGAUGCACAUGAGGAAGAAUUCAAUGAUCCGUCAGUGCAGGAACUGGCUGAGCAGAUCAGGAAGGAAGAAACUUUUGAAAAUAAAGAAGGAGAAGAGGAAAGCUCUGAAGAGCAAGGUGAUUCCAAGAUGACUGAAACAAACACCGGUGAUGAAGAGCAAGAAGAAGACGAAGAAGCGUUGGGAAGUGACGUGGGAAGCAAAAACGAGGAUGAGGAAGGAGAAAGCAGCGAGGCUGCUGGGGGGAGUGAACCUGGAGACGAUGACGAUGAUGAGCGAGAUAGUGAGUCAGAAGGAGAGGAGAGCAAGGGAGAAACAAGCUCCAGCGUUCAGGAGGAAGGUGAAGAAAGUAACAAAAGUGACACAAAGGAUGCAGAGAGUGAGGAAGAAGAGAGCAGCAUGGAAACGGGUGAAGGAGUGAGUCACUCUGAGGCGAGUGAGGCAGCCGAGGAGGACGAAGGUGGAAGUGAAGAGCAAAGUGACGAUGAGAGUAAAGGAGAGGAAGUUAGUGAGGCGAGUGAGGAUGAAGAAGAAAAAAGCGGCGAAGGAUCUGAGAGAGAGCAUAGUGAGAGUGAAGAGGAGGAGGAGGAGGAAGAAGAGGAGGGCGGGGAGGGAAGUGACACGGCGGUGUCUGAGGAAGAAGAAAGCGAGGAACGGAGGCAGUCUGAUGAAGAGCAGGAAACUGAGAAAGAGGAGAGUGGAGGAGAGGGGGAAGAAGUCAGUGAGGAAGAGGAGGAGCAAGGAGAGCUUUCUUCAAGUGAUGAAGAAGCUGAACAGGAGGCUACAGAGGAUGAGGAGGAGGAAGAAGGGGAGAACACAGAGGAGGAAAACGAGGAAGAGGAACAGGGGAGCACAGGGAAUGAGGAAGAUGAAGGAAUGGAUGAAGAGAGCAGAAGUGAGGAGGAAGAGCAAAGUAUGGAAGAAGAUGAGGAAGGAAAAGAGGAAAGUAUCUCUGCCUCCGAGGAAGAGGAAGAAAGUGAAGAUGACCAGGAAGACAAAGAGGAAGCAAGUGUGGAAAAAGGAAAGGAGAAUGAGGAAGAGGAGGAAAUAGAUGAGGAGGAGGAGGAAGAAGCAGAAGAAGAGGAGGAGGAAGAAGAACGAACAGAGAAGGGCGAAGUAGAAGAGGAAGAGGAGGAAGAAGAACAAAUGGAAGAAGAAGAGGAAGAAGCAGAGGAAGAGGAGGAAGAAGAAGAACAAACGGAAAAAGGUGAAGUAGAAGAGGAAGAGGAGGAGGAAGAACAAAUGGAAGAAUAUGAGGAAGAAGAGGAGGAGGAAGAAGACCAAUCGCAGAAAGGUGAAGUAGAAGAGGAAGAGGAGGAGGAAGAAUAUGAGGAAGAAGAGGAGGAGGAAGAAGAAGACCAAAUGCAGAAAGGUGAAGUAGAGGAGGAAGAGGAGGAAGAAGAUCAAAUGGACGAAGAUGAGGAAGAAGAAGAUGAGGAAGAAGUGCAAGAGACAGCAAAGAAACAGAAGAAGAGAGAGAAAUCAACAGGAUCAAAGGGGGCGGAGCCACAGUCUUCUUCUUCUCCUUCAGGGAAACGGAGAGAAGCUCCCAGAGCCGCUCCGAGGAGCAAACAGAGAGACGCAGAGGAGAAGAAACCAGAAGAAUCCAAGCAGUUCUGGAACGACGUUCUGCCUCAGUACCUGGACCUGCAGUGACCCCUACUGCCUCACCUGCCCAUACUGUUGGUGACACAUACUGGUUUCUGAACUGGAGAUUUCAUGCCUUAAGGUGGACACUCGUCUGUGGCCAUCUUGGAGGCAGGAAAUAUUUGUUUUUUUUUGUUGUUUUUUUGGAGGAAAGUUGAUACUUUUUGAGCAUGUUCUGCUGCUGCCUCCUGCUGGACAUCAGUAUUGUUGCACUUUAAUAAUGUGCAAAUACAUCGGGUCAACAAUUCCCCUCACUGCCAGUCACACUCAGUCAGUUACAGUCGCUGGUGUUACACUAGAUGACACGCAACCAGGAAAACAGUCAAAUCAAACAAUACAUCACACAGUAUAUCAGAUUGUACCUGGUUGUACAAUUUGAUAUAUUGUACAGUUUUCGCUGAAAAAUCACAUAGAAAAGUCAACGUAUUUCAGCAAUUUGAUUCAAAGAGGAAAACAUAAAACAUAAAUUCAUUACGCAUCUAAUUUCUGCUAAUUUUAAUGAUAAUUGAUCAGAUUUUCCUUCCACAUAACUUUCCGUACUUAUUAAAAGGGUGAAGUAGAAGAGGAAGAGGAGGACACAGAACAUUGUUAUAUAUACUAUAUGAACAAAUAUUGUAAUACAUAUACUGAUAUGUAUUAUAAUAUAUUUUAUUUCUAAAUCAAAACUCUUCUUUUGUUCUUAUGUAACAUUCCAAGGAAGUGAGUUUUGGGCUUUGGGUUAAUCCUCAGCUUCAAGACGUGAAUUCUUAAAAUGUCUCCUUUGGUGUUAUGAAUCCAUAAUAUACUUGAAUUUCACUUUUUAAAUUAUAUUACUGAAGUAAAUGUACUUUUUAAAGAAAUUUAAUUUAUUGAGAUGCACUUGUGAUAAAUAUUCGAGACUGUAGUCAGCACUGUGCUGUUUAAUGUUGGACUGUCUCAAACUUAAGUCUCUGCAAGACGUUUCAGGAAGUGCAGUUGAAGUAAGUUCAGGUUAUUAAAAUGAAAGUUACUUUAUUUUUAAAAUAUUUGACAUAUGAAACUCUGGUAUUGUUUGAAUAUUUGCUGCUUUUACUGCUUGCUAUUUCAGUUCAGUUAUAGUGGAGCAUCUAUAUUAAACAAUGGUGUAAGAAAACAAAUCAGAGCUGUGUGUUUAUAAGGCUAAUAUCUGUAAAAAAAAAACAAAACAAAAGACAAUAAGCUUGUUUUCUCUUGCUUGAUUGCUUCUUGUAUACUCCUUCCAUUUCCAUCUGCUUGAUGUAGAGUUCUUUUAGUGAGUCACUUUACUUUCCCUGCACGAUUAGUCAUGCUCCUAUCGUUGAAUGCCGUCUGAAGCAGGCAGGUAAAGAAAAUGGAGUAAAAGAGGAGGCGAAUUUAUAAAGAAAACAUCAGCUCUGCAUUCCUUGAUAGAAACAAAAAGACAGACUUGACUCAGCAUAACAACCUCAUGAAUACUAAUGAUCAAUAAAAUGCACUUAGUACUGCAUGUACUGUGACAAGAUGCGACUGAUAUUGAAUGUGACAAGAGAUACUUUUUCAAAGCACUGAGUCUGAAACUAAAAAGAGAAGCUGAAAUGGAUCCGCCUUUUGUCAAGCAGUUCAUUUCAAAAUGAUUUGAAUACUCAGGCCUAAAGUAGGUCUUCAGUAUUUAAGCGUGACAUUCUAAUAUUUUUGCUGAUUUUUGUAAGUUAACCUCCCCCUACUGUUCGUGACCAAGAUGUAUUUCAGGUGUGGACAUGAAGGAUGUAAUGUUACUAGCAAGUAGGGAUUUUGUGCAUGACACCAGUUAUGUUAAAGCUCACCAAAAAAAUGCAUAUUGCAUUUUAAAUUUUUUAAAAUGCAAAUUUCCAAACAAAAAUUGUGAUUUUUAUACAUUGUGGAGUUCAAAUAUAAAGCAAUCCUUUUAUUUUGAGACUAUUUUUUUCUUUUGAGUGGAAGUAAUGUUAACAUUUCGGAGCCCAACCUUGUCAGUCUGUGAAGGAAAAAAAAUAGAUCAGGAUGAAGACGAGGUGGCCUACAGGUAUUUUAACAUAAACUGUUAAAAUACCUGUAGAAAUGUUCAAAACGUUGUUCAGCCAUUAAAAGGGAUUUUAUUUUUCCUGAGGGAUGUUUGUCUGUUCCUAUCAGAAAUAAUCUUUGUUGAAUGGCUAAAUCUAAAUCUUACCGGGGUGUGAAUACUUUCGGAUUUGA